GGGGGUCCAUACACACUGUCGUAAUUUGUUUCCGCUCUCUUUUGUCUUGAAUACAUUCACCACCAGCCGAUUCUCUUAACUUCGGUUGCAUGUCACGCAGAGUUAUUUCAGUAGUCCCGAAAUCUGCACUUUCAAGGAUCUCGUUCGGGCUACGUCAUGGCCCAGCAAUUCUCGCUUUCGCGGGACGCGUUCAGCCGCACAUCAGCAGCAGGCAUUUACCAGCAAUACCAGAUUGCUAUGUGCGGAGCUACGCUUCGCAGCCUCCAGGUGGUGCAGGUGGUGGUGGUGGUGGUGGAUUCCCUGGGUUUACGUUCCAGCAACAGCACCAGAAAGGAGAUGCCCUUAAAGAAUAUAGCGUUGACUUAACGGAAAUGGCCAGAAAUGGGAAAUUAGACCCUACCAUUGGGCGUGACGAUGAAAUCCGCAGAACUAUACAGAUAUUGUCCCGACGCACCAAGUCUAAUCCUGUAUUGAUCGGUCCCCCUGGUGUGGGGAAAACGGCUAUUUUGGAGGGUCUCGCAAGCCGGAUUGUUGCUAAAGAAGUACCAGAGUCUUUGCAGAACAAGCGUGUCUUGUCGAUUGACCUGGCAGCUAUCAUGGCUGGCUCCGGGAUUCGCGGACAGUUUGAGGAGAAAUUUAAAGCCCUCAUCCGCGAUAUUGAGGAGGAGGCAGGAAAUGUGAUCUGCUUCAUUGACGAAGUCCAUUCGCUUUUCAACCUCGGAAAAGCGGAGGGAAGCAUUGAUGCCGGCCAGAUGAUCAAACCUGCCCUAGCUCGCGGUCUCCAACUCGUUGGAGCUACAACCCCCAACGAAUACAGGAAGACGAUUGGCAAAGAUCCAGCUCUUGAGCGUCGCUUCCAGCCUGUCUCGAUCGACGAGCCAACUGUCGAAACCACCAUCUCAAUUCUGAGAGGACUCAAAUCGCGUUAUGAGGUUCACCAUGGUGUUGAAAUUGCGGACAGUGCUCUUGUGACAGCUGCUGUUUAUAGCGCACGCUACAUAUCAGACAGGUAUCUGCCUGACAAGGCAAUUGACCUUGUCGAUGAGGCUGCUUCGGCCCUUCGUCUUGCUCAAGAAUCAAAACCGGCUGAACUGGAAGCGCUUGAGCGCGAGAUUAUGACCCUUCAAAUUGAGCUCGAAAGUUUAAAGAACGAAGUCGAUGUUUUCAGCAUCGAGCGCAGGACUAAGGUUGAGGAAGAGUUGCGCAUAAAGAAGAAGGAGGCGCAGGAGCUCACUGCUAUUUGGCAAAAUGAGCGGGCAAGACUCGAUCGGAUCAAGGAUCUCAAAAAGCGACUGGAGGAUGCAAAGCAUGAGCUCGAAGUUGCUCAACGUCACGGUCAGUACGACAAAGCAUCCCAGUUGCGCUUCGGCACAAUCCCCGAGCUCGAACGACAGCUCCCGCAGGACAGCGAGAUAAAGGACGACGCUGAAGAGGGACCUCUAUCAAUGCUGCAUGACCGCGUUACGAGCAACGAUAUCGCUCGCGUUGUUGCGAAGGCCACAGGCAUCCCUGUCCAGAACCUUCUGAAAGGUGAAAGAGAUAAACUCGUUCAUAUGGAGGAUGCCCUCAAAGAACGAGUUGUCGGUCAAGAUCAUGUUGUCGCUGCGAUUAGCGAUGCUGUCCGCAUUUCACGUGCUGGUUUGCAGGCACCGAAUAGACCUGUGGCUUCGUUUCUAUUCCUUGGUCCUACUGGUGUUGGCAAGACCGAGCUAGCAAAGGCACUAGCUGGAUUUCUUUUCAACGACGAACAGAGAGGACUUAUCAACAUUAAUAUGUCGGAGUACCACGAUCGACACACGAUCUCAAGACUUAUUGGAGCCGCUCCGGGUUAUGUCGGUUUUGAAGAAGGCGGUCAGUUAACAGAAGCUGUUCGACGCAAACCGUAUGCGGUCAUUUUACUCGACGAGCUCGAGAAGGCACACAAGGAUGUGGCCAUGAUCCUUCUACAAAUACUCGACGAGGGCAGCAUUACUGAUAGUCAAGGCAGAAAAGUAGACUUCAAGAAUACCAUCAUCUGUCUCACGAGCAACCUCGGUAGUGACAUAUUAGUUCACAGUUCGUCCUGCGAUUCAGAUGGUGUCGUCACAGAGGAAGCCAAGAAUCUCGUCAUGGAACGCACGACGGAAUACUUCCCUCCUGAACUUCUCAACCGCCUUGACUCAAUACUUGUUUUCAACAAAUUGUCUCGCCGGUCGAUUCUAGACGUUGUGUCGCUGAGACUGAAUGAUGUUGUGUCGCGCUUGAAGGACAGAAGGAUCACGCUCAACGUCGACGCAGAGGCCCGCAACUGGCUUGCCGAGAAGGGUUAUUCAGAAACCUAUGGAGCCCGCGCGAUUGCUCGCGUCGUGCGCACCAACGUGCUGUUCCCUCUUGCGCAGAAGUUGUUGAAAGGGACUAUCAGAAACGGCGAUGUUGUCAAUGUCACGGUCUCUGAGAGUGAUUCCCUCGACAUUAAAGACAAUCACCCUCCGGACUCUAGCAUUGUAUUGAGAGAUGAUCAUGAUUAAAUAUUUCAUACACCAGACAAUGCUAGUAGUUCUAAUGUAUUUCUUAUCUAACGAUGGAGCGUUUGUUCCUGCGAAAGGAUUCGUGUCGAGCAGUUCUCGGAGCCACGGUGUGCGCCACGAGCUCC